AUGUUUUCUUGCUAUUUUCAGGAAUCAAAAUACACUUAUAUCCCUGUUCAAUCUGAAGAUGAGCCAACAUUGCUCAACUAUACUGCACAGUAUAGAAAGAAUGAACUGAGACUAAAGCAUUUUGCUGGGGAAAGCCAGGCAGCGACUGCACACGUAGCUCGAGCAGAUCGACCCAACCCUAAUUCUGAAAAAUUGUGCCUGUUCUUGGAAGAAGCACAACAUUUUCUAGUAAAUUCUGUUUCCAUUCUUUUCUCUGCUCUUUUCUGUUUGUUAUGGCAAUGUUAUGAUGCGACGAUGGAAGUGAAUGGCGGAAGUACAAAUGCAAGCAGUUGCGACAACAAUCGACAUCCAACGAUGCCAGAACGGUGGAUAUGGACUUUUCACAUCGCAGGACCUCCAAGAAGCGAAAAAGAACGACAUGCUCAUGCCAUCCCUUGUUGCAGUACUUCUGGAGCAACGAAGACGAAACAAGGGAAGAAAGUGAAGGUUGACACACAUGGCAUGAAUGUAGCGGAACAAAAGCCCAACUCGAAAAUGGGAGACGAUGAAUAUCUAGAAGAAUUCGUUCCAGACUCUGAAGUGCACAAUGCUUUUUCAUCUGAAGCCAAAUUUUGGAAGAUAGUUUCCUAUCUGUAUAAAAUGACUAGGCGGAUCUGCUUGGAUGGAGAGGAACAGGACCCAUGGUUCUACAAAGGAACAAUGUAUCUGAUUUCUAAAUAUGUCCCAAACAAAGGUGCAAGAGAGCAGGCACUUUUGAACCUGGCGAUCUGCAGAGAGCAUAGAAAUCAAUUAUUCACCACGUGGUACGACGUUGAAAAAGCGUUCGAUUCAAUGGUCGGUUACAUUGGAAAGCAAUGGAGAAACCAUAAUGGAGAGAAAUAUAUAGCGGGGAAUCCUUCAAGGUGA